AGAUUUAUAGAACCUGCGCUACCUUUUUCUUUCCUUGUUAUCCUCCCCAGCUCUCUUACUAUAUAUAUAUAUAUAAAAGUUUUAUUAGGCAUCCCAAGAUUUCAUCUUCUGUGCCUUAACUCCCUCCAACCAAAAUCAUGCCGGUAUCUCUGAUUUUCAGCCGUUUCUGAUACGAUGAGAUGAAAAAAAGAGCAAUCUUUUGAAAAAUAAAUAAAUAAAAUGUGUUGUGAGUGAGAGUGCUCUUAGUCAGCUAUAUAUAUAAAAUAAUAAUAAUAAUAAUAUUAUCCAACGUUUUUUUCUUCUUAAACCCCGGAAACCCAGAAUCUAAUAUUUCGAUAUAUAAAGCCCAUAAUUUACAUAUAUAUAUAUUUUAUGUAUGUGUAUAAAACAUUUCCCUUUGCCGUUCCCAAAACCCAAAAGUGCAAUCUUGUCUCUUGUUUGUUUCUUGUCUUGGUCUUUCGUUUUUGUGUGUGUAAUGGUUUUGGGUGUAAAUGAAAGAAGUUGAUUCAUUGUCGUCGUCAGUAAUAAUAGUUGCGGUAUUAUUAUUAUUAUUCGUAUAAGUCCUACUGUUUGGUUACUGAGAAAAAAAGGGCAGCGAGAGAAUGGAAUACGCGAGUGGAGGCGGCGGCGGCUCUGGUGGAGGAGGCGGAGGCGGUGGAGACAACGAUGCUUCCAACGCUCAAAGGAGGAAAAAGCGAUACCAUCGUCACACUGCUCAUCAGAUUCAAAAGCUUGAAUCGAUGUUCAAGGAGUGUCCUCACCCAGAUGAAAAGCAGAGGCUGCAGUUGAGCAGAGAAUUGGGUUUGGCUCCACGACAGAUCAAAUUUUGGUUUCAAAACAGGAGAACCCAGAUGAAGGCCCAACAUGAGAGAGCUGACAACUGUGCUCUCCGAGCAGAGAAUGACAAGAUCCGAUGUGAGAACAUUGCCAUCAGAGAGGCCCUGAAGAAUGUGAUCUGCCCAUCUUGUGGGGGUCCCCCAAUCAACGAGGAUUCAUAUUUUGAUGAUCAAAAACUUCGAAUGGAAAAUGCCCAAUUGAAAGAAGAGCUUGACAGAGUUUCCAGCAUUGCUGCUAAGUACAUAGGAAGACCAAUCUCUCAACUCCCUCCAGUUCAGCCUAUUCACAUCUCUUCCUUGGAUUUAUCUAUGGCGAGUUUUGCUCCUCAGGGGAUGGGGAUGGGAGUUGGUGGCCCUUCUCUCGACCUCGAUCUCCUCCCCGGAAACUCUUCGACCAUGCCCGUUAUGCCCUAUCAGCCACCUGGGAUAUCAGACAUGGACAAGUCUCUCAUGUCUGAUAUUGCAACAAACGCAAUGGAGGAGCUUCUUAGGCUUCUGCAGACCAACGAGCCUUUGUGGAUGAAGUCAGCCUCCGGAGACGGCCGAGACGUCCUUAAUCUCGAUAGCUACGACAGAAUUUUCCCCAGAGCCAAUAGUCACAUGAAAAAUCCUAAUCUAAGAAUUGAAGCCUCAAGAGACGCUGGCGUUGUUAUAAUGAACGGUUUGGCAUUAGUUGACAUGUUCAUGGACCCGAUCAAAUGGGUUGACCUAUUUCCAACCAUUGUUUCAAUGGCGAGAACACUUGAAGUCAUAUCAUCUGGCAUGUUAGGCAACAGCCAUAGUGGCACAUUGCAGCUGAUGUACGGAGAGUUGCAGGUUCUGUCCCCAUUGGUUCCCACAAGAGAGUUUUACUUCCUCCGUUACUGUCAGCAGAUUGAGCAAGGCCUUUGGGCAAUCGUUGACGUGUCGUAUGACUUUCCUCGAGACAACCAGUUUGCUAAUCAAUGUCGUUCUCAUCGUCUUCCUUCUGGAUGUUUGAUUCAGGACAUGCCCAAUGGAUAUUCCAAGGUUACUUGGGUUGAACAUAUUGAAAUAGAAGACAAAACACCAACUCAUAGGCUCUAUAGAGACCUAGUUCAUAGUGGCUUGGCUUUUGGAGCUGAAAGGUGGCUUGCAACUCUUCAAAGAAUGUGUGAGAGAUUUGCUUGCUUAAUGGUAUCAGGCAGUUCGACUCGUGAUCUUGGAGGAGUGAUUCCUUCUCCCGAUGGCAAAAAAAGUAUGAUGAAACUAGCUCAAAGGAUGGUGAACCACUUCUGUGCUAGCAUUAGUACCUCCAAUGGCCACCGGUGGACGACACUUUCCGGUCUUAACGAAGUCGGAGUCCGCGUCACCGUCCAUAAGAGCACCGAUCCCGGCCAACCCAAUGGGGUUGUUCUCAGCGCAGCCACCACCAUUUGGCUCCCAGUCUCUCCACAAGAUGUUUUCAAUUUUUUCAAGGAUGAAAGAACUCGCUCCCAGUGGGACGUUCUCUCAAAUGGCAAUGCAGUUCAAGAAGUAGCCCACAUUGCAAACGGAUCCCACCAUGGGAACUGCAUUUCUGUUCUUCGAGCUUUCAACACCAGCCAGAACAACAUGCUGAUACUCCAAGAGAGCUGCAUAGACUCAUCAGGCUCAAUGGUGGUCUACUGCCCAGUUGAUCUUCCGGCCAUCAACAUUGCCAUGAGCGGCGAGGACCCGUCAUACAUACCGCUCCUUCCGUCCGGCUUCACUAUCUCGCCUGACGGACGGGGGAGUCAAGGAGGAGGAGACGGUGCAUCGACGAGCGCGGCGGCCUCCGGCCAAUCAGGCGGGUCGCUCAUAACAGUGGCGUUCCAGAUACUAGUGAGCAGCUUGCCUUCUGCAAAGCUGAAUUUGGAAUCGGUGAAUACUGUUAAUAACCUCAUCGGCAACACUGUCCAGCAAAUCAAGGCUUCCUUGAACUGUCCUAAUUCCUAAAUGGAUCAUGCUCGUCACCACAGAAAGAUCAUUCAUCAAUCUACUAUACGGAUCUCUCUCUCACUCUGAGUUACACCAACUGUUCUUUUUAUCAUCCUUAAAUUUUGGUGUUCAGAAAAGGGUUCAGAGAACAACUCUCUUUUUCUCUUUCAUUUUCUUUUCUUGGUUUUCCUUGGUGGGUAUUGAAUGAGAGAGGGGAGAAAAUAUUGAAGUUAGUUGGGUUCUUGAAUGCACUCUCAUCAAGAGCUCAAGCUGUUUAUUUACUACUGUGCUGCCGCUGGCUACUACUGCUGCUGCUCUUGCUGUUUUUGCUGCCAAGCUUCAUUACAAUUUACACCAACUACAAACAUUUCCUUUUAUAUUUUUUUUAUUUUUAUUUUGGGGGGUUAUUUUAUUUUUUUAUAAAAUCUUAGUUUGGAUUUUUACAAUGGGAAAAAUAGUCUUUAAAAAAAGAGGGAGUCAAGAACGCACCAUAUUUUUGUAAUGUUGUUAUGGGUUUUGUUGAGUUACUUUUUUGUUUUGUUUUGAUUGGUUCAAUUUGCCAUUAGAAGAAGAAAAAGACAUGUCAAGUGGGACUGCAGACACAGCAAAAGAACAUUGUAUGUAUGGUUCGGGCAUUGACUUCCUGUUUAAUGGACUUAAAUUUCAAUGUCUUUCUUAUAUUUUAAAUUUUUUAUUCAUAAAAGUUAAAAAAAUGUGCUCUCUUUCCUUUUCACUCAAA